CAUCAAAGUCAUUGUGAAACUACAAUUUCCAUAAUCCUCAAGAGGCAAAGGACUACAGAAGCGAACAUGGCUGCAUUUGGAAGGUUUUUGAAGAACGCGUGGAAUAAAGAGCCUGUAGUGACAGCAGCCUGUGGGCUUGGACUGCUGGCUUGCAUUGUGCCUCUUGUGAGCCCUUUUACGAAGUACACUGGAAUGAUGAACCAAGCAAUUCCUUACAAUUAUCCAGUACCAGUGCGGGAUGAUGGAAACAUGCCGGAUGUUCCUGCACACCCUUGUGAUCCACAGGGGAAAAACUUAGAAUGGUUGAAAAACUUUUAAAGAAAUCCUUCAGAAUCCUGUACAGUCACACCCACAUGUCCGUGUUUCAUUACAUACAUUGCUUCUAAUAAAACCUGUUUAUUUAAAACAA